AUGUCAAAAAACGAUUGUAAUCCAACAUCAUCGACAUCAGUUCUUAUAAAUACAUUGAUUGUUCAAGAAAUCUCGACUUUAAUUAAUAAUAAUCAAUUUAAUGAAGCUCUUGAGUAUCUAAAAUCUUUAACUGAACAACAAAUCUAUGAUAACACAUGGGAUUUAUGUACCUAUCUAUUGGAUUUAUCAGAAAAACCAUCAGAUAAAUUAUGUAAUGAAUAUGAAUUAUAUUCACAAGAUGCCUUAAUAUAUGUAGCAGAACAUGGUAAUCCUCGUGAAAUGUUAAUUAUAAUGCUUGAACAAACGGAUAAAUUUAUAUCUGAUGAAGCUUUUUUAUUUCAUAUAAAAUUAUUUCUUAUAAUUAUUAAACGUUUACCAUUAAAACCUAGUUUAAUAACAUCAAUUGAUGAUAUUCUUUCAUUAUUAAAAUGUCAUUUGACUGCACUCGAAUUACCAACAAUUAAUAAUGAUUUUGCAGGUAAAGAUUUAUUAGUAUUUAAUCAUGAUCAACGUGUUACACAUUUACUUAAACUUACUCAAUUCUAUAUUGAUUUUAUUUGUCAACUUCGUGAUUAUUUUUCAACAACAAAUAUAAAUAAUAUUUUUUCUAUUCUAACAAAAUAUUUAAUUUCUCUUUUACAAGAACCACUUUCAUCACUUAGUUAUGAACCUAUUAAUUCACAAGAAAGUUCAUCAUUUACAUUAAUUCGUCCAUUAUUAGAUUGUUUAUUUACACUUAAUCCAAAUCCAAUUCAAUUAAUUAAUGAUAAAGAACAACAAUCUAUUUUAAUUUAUUUACUAUUAACAAAAAAUAAUUAUUUUUCAUUAUUACCAUGUGUUUAUUCAUCAUAUUUUUAUCUUAUUCUUAGUAUUCCAUCUAUUCAACAAUUAAGUAAUGAUCAUGAACAUGUUAUGUUAACAGAAAAAGCAUGUGUACUUGUAUCAAAUG